AUGGAGGUGGUGCCCUCAGGCGGCGGCGAUGUGGUGGAGGUGGAGACCAUCGAGUUGGUGAAGCCCGCGCGGCAGGACUUGGUGAAGGUGGUGGACGGCGCCAACAGGGGCAAGACGGGCAAGCUGAUCAGCAUAGAGGGGACGGACGCGGUGCUGAUGGACGGCACGCUGGCGGAGCUCUCCUUCAUCGGGCGGCUCGCGGACCAGGGGUGA